UUGUGAAAUCCGAUGGAAAUAAGACCCCCGACCCUUUGUUGGCUACCGGCCUCGGCGUCUUUCCCAUUCUCCUUCCGACCUGCCGGAGAGAGAGAGAGUCAGAGAUGGUGCACAGCGCUUACGAUUCCUUCCAGAUCCUGAGAGACGUGCCCUCCCGGAUCGAGACCGUCGCAGCCUGGAACUCGAAGCUCUUUGCCUGUGCCGACGGGUCCCUCAGAGUGUACAGCCUUCCCUCCGAUCGCCUCGCAGUGGGAGGCACGACCCUUUCCAGGGACGAGCCACCCUCUUACGUGCUGGAGCGGACCUUCCCAGGCUUCUUCCGCAAAGGAACUUCCGUCUCCCUCCUUUCCUUAGGCUCCCGCAACCUCCUCCUCUCCCUGUCCGAUGCCGUCGCAUUCCACCGCCUUCCCAGCCUCGAGGCCGCUGUCUCCCUCAGUAAGACCAAAGGCGCAAGCUCUUACGACUGGGACGACCGCCGCGGCUUCCUCUGCGUCGGACGGCAGAGGAAGGUCAUCAUUUAUCGCCAUGAAGGAGGUAAGGACUUUACAGAGGUGAAAGAGUUCAAUGUUCCUGAUGUGAUAAAGUCAAUAAUAUGGUGUGGUGAAAAUAUUUGUUUGAGUAUCAGAAAAGAAUACAUGAUAAUGAACAGCACAACCGGAGCACUAUCUGAGGUGUUUCCCUGUGGGAGGAUUGCUGCUCCCUUAAUCACACCACUUCCAUCAGAGCAACUACUACUGGGAAAGGAUAAUAUUGGAGUUUUUGUCGACCAAAAUGGCAAGCUAUUGCAAGAGGGUCGUAUAUGUUGGUCAGAGCCACCAGGAUCUGUGACCAUCCAAGUGCCGUAUGCUAUAGGCCAUUUGCCAAGGCAUAUUGAGAUUCGUUCUCUCCGCGUGCCUUAUCAGUUGGUGCAAACUAUUGCCCUCAGAGAAAUCCGUCAUCUUUUAUCAGCUGAUGGUUUUGUAGUAGCAGCAUUAGACACUUCUGUUUAUGGGUUAUUACCCGUUCCUCUUGGUGCCCAGAUAGUGCAGUUAGCAGCAUCAGGGAACUUUGAGGAGGCACUGGCUUUAUGUAAACAACUUCCUCCUGAGGAUUCAACUAUGAUAGCUUCCAAGGAAAGGAGCAUUCAUCUCAGAUACGGACAUCACCUGUUUGAUAGUGGAAACUAUGAGGAAGCCAUGGACCAGUUUGCAGCCUCUAAAGUGGAUAUCAAUUCUGUUCUGUCUCUUUAUCCAUUUAUACUUCUUCCAAAAGCACCGGAUCUUCCUGAAUCUGGGGGGCUGGAGUCACAUUCCGAUGCUUCACUUCUUUCUAGGAUGCCAUCUGAUGUCUCAGAUGACAUGGAGGGAACAUCUCCUUCAAGGAUUCCAGAGACGCCAGUGGAAUCUACUGAUAUAGCAGCAUUGGAACAGAAGAAGAUGAGCCAUAAUGCCCUUGUAGCUCUUAUCAAGUUUUUGCAGAAAAAGAGAAACACUGUAAUUGAGAAGGCUACUUCAGAAGGAACAGAAGAAGCAGUUGCAGAUGCUGUGCAGGGUAGUAUUGCUUCAUCUGAUUACUAUCAGCCAACCCGUUUAAGAAAGAGCCAUGUUGAUGUCCAUGUAAGUUCAGGUGCUAGAGAAAUCGCAUCUAUUCUUGAUACUGCACUAAUUCAAGCUCUGUUGCUCACUGGGCAAUCAUCAAGUGCAUUAGAGCUAUUGAAAGGUCCCAACUAUUGUAAUGUAAAAAUCUGUGAGGGCUUCCUAAGGCAGCAUAAGUUUUACUUGGUUCUAAUUGAGUUAUUGAAAUGCAAUGACAUGCAUCGUGAGGCACUUAAUCUUCUCAGCCAAUUAGUAGAAGAAACAGACAGUGAUCAUGCUGAUCCCGUCCACAAGUUCACUCCAGAGAUGGUUCUUCAAUACCUUAAGCCUCUAUGUGGAUCUGAUCCUAUACUUGUUCUGGACUUUUCUAUGAGAGUUCUUGAAAGGCAUCCAUCAGAAACUAUUGAGCUUUUCCUGUCUGGGGGUGUUCCACCAGAUCUGGUUAAUUCUUACUUAAAACAACAUUCACCACAAAUGCAGGCAACUUACUUGGAACACAUGCUUUCUAUGAACGAGCAUGGGAUCACGGCCAACCUUCAGAAUGAAUUGGUGCAAUUCUAUCUUUCCCAAGUUCUUGAUUGCUAUGCUUCGCUUUCUGCUCAGAAAAAGUGGAAUGAGGAAGAGUAUUCCCCUACUAGGCGAAAGUUGAUCUCUGCAUUAGAGAACACAACUGGAUAUAACCCAGAGAAUUUGUUGAAGCGCCUUCCUUUGGAUGCUCUAUACGAGGAGCGUGCGUUACUGUUAGGCAGAAUGCAACAGCAUCAUCUUGCCCUCUCUCUCUAUGUACACAAGCUUCAUAGGCCUGAACUGGCAUUGGCUUACUGCGAUCGUGUAUAUGAGAAUGCAUUAUGUCAAACUGGGUCCACAGUGUUCAGUAACAUCUAUCUAAUUCUUCUGCAAAUAUAUCUCAACCCUGAGAAGUCAACAAAAGAGAGUGAACAACGAAUGCUGAAUUUGUCUUCAUCUCAAGUUCCAGGAAGCCAGAAAGUUGGUGCAAUUAUUAGAGGUAAAGGCGCGCGUGGGAUGAAAAAGAUUGCUGAAAUAGAAGGUGCAGAUGACUUGCGUUGGAAUGCAAGCAGUACUGACAGUGGUAAGAGUGAUGUGGAUGGAGAUGAAAUAAACAAGGAAGUUGGCUUUAUCAUGACUGAUGAGGCUAUAGAUCUGUUAAGCCGGAAAUGGAAUCGGAUAAAUGGUGCUCAAGCUCUUAGGCUUCUGCCAAAAUACACCAAGCUGCAGAAUUUGCUUCCAUUUCUUGAACCACUUUUGAGGAAAUCAAGUGAGGGGAGGCGCAACUACUCUGUGGUCAGCAGCUUGCGCCAAAGUGAAAACCUGCAGGUGAAGGAAGAACUGUAUAUGAAUAGAAAGCGAAUGGUGACAAUAAGCAGUGAAAGCAUGUGUUCACUAUGCAACAAACGGAUUGGCACUAGUGUUUUUGCAGUAUACCCGAAUGGCACCACACUUGUUCACUUUGUUUGCUUCAGAGAUUCUCAAAAUAUGAAGGCUCUACGUGGCUCACCUGUUGUCAGAGGUGCUUAGCCGGCACCGUGAAUUCCAGAGAAUGGUUUAGUUGUCCUAUUCAUUUUGUUCCCAGUGGCUUCAGCAGCCCAUGAUGUUCGUUCAGUCUCCUUCUGUUAAGGAAGAACAGUAUUGGCAACAGCUAAAUCUUAUGUGCUUACUCGAAUGCCAAAUACGUAUCUUCCAAUUCCAACCAGCGUUGGAGUCCUGUUUCAUUUUGCUCAAUCAAUGAUUUGUCUGUGUGUGUGUGACUCUGGGUAGCAUGUACAAUGUCAAGCCGUUGUAUUGUCCUUUUUAAUUGCAGUAAAGCAUGUGUUGUAUAAAACGUUUUGCCUUUGUAAUAAAUGAUAUUGCUUUGGUUUC